UUCCCUCUAGGCUUUCUGUCCACUUCGCUUUCUCUGUUCCCCCCUCUCUCUCGUCCCUGACAUUCACUCUCCUCUCACAACUCCGAGCUCCCGCGCAUUUCCCAUAAAAAUCAAACCGACUCUACUCUACUCUAUCUCAUCAAUCAACUCAGUGAAAAUGGAUAUUGACUCUAAGCUCGAUAAAUUUGAUGUCAACUGUCAAGUCUGGGGAUGAGGGCUCAUCAUCAAUGCAAGUGGAUUCCAAGAACCUGGAUAUCUUCAUCCAAUUACCAAACUGUGCACAACCUGUAUUUGUUAGUUGAAGCUUACUUGGAUUGUUUUGGCUGUGAAGGAACUGCUGAAGAAAAGGAUGAAUUAACUGACUCAAUGAAUAAAUUGAAUGCGGGAGCAUCGUCAUAUGGGCAGGCCCAUUCAUUCAGAAGAAAACCGGUUAUCAUCAUCGCUGUUGGAAUGGCAGGGAGUGGAAAAACAACUUUUCUUCACAGGUUGGUUUGCCACACACAAGCUUCAAGGAUUCGUGGUUAUGUGCUCAACCUUGAUCCUGCUGUGAUGACUCUCCCCUAUGGUGCAAAUAUUGAUAUAAGGGACACCGUUAAGUACAAGGAAGUGAUGAAGCAGUUUAAUCUUGGACCAAAUGGCGGAAUCCUGACAUCUCUUAACUUGUUUGCCACGAAAUUUGACGAGGUCAUUCAAGUCAUUGAGAACCGAGCAGAUCAGCUUGAUUAUGUUCUUGUGGAUACGCCUGGUCAAAUUAAAAUAUUCACCUGGUCUGCUUCUGGAGCUAUCAUCACAGAAGCUUUUGCUUCAACCUUUCCAACUGUAGUUGCUUAUGUAGUUGACACACCUCGUUCCUCAAGCCCAGGAACUUUCAUGAGCAAUAUGCUUUAUGCUUGCAGCAUACUCUACAAGACACGGUUGCCUCUUGUGUUGGCAUUCAACAAAACUGAUGUGGCUCAACACCAAUUUGCGUUAGAGUGGAUGGAAGAUUUUGAAGCCUUUCAAGCAGCAAUGAGGUCAGAUGAUUCAUACAUGUCUACUUUUGCUCAAAGCCUUUCCCUUGUGCUCGAUGAAUUCUAUAAAAAUUUGAGGUCAGUUGGGGUCUCUGCUGUUUCUGGAGCUGGAAUGGAUGCCUUCUUCAAGGCUAUCGAAGCCAGUGCUGAGGAGUAUAUGGAAACCUACAAGUCUGAUCUUGAUAAGAGACGGGCAGAGAAGCAACAAAUGGAGGAAGGGCAGCGAAAACACAACAUGGAAAAGCUGAGGAGGGACAUGGAACAAUCAGGGGGACAGUCUGUUGUUUUGAGCACUGGUUUGAAGGAUAAAGCUCAGAAUGAUAACAUGGUUGAGGAGGAUGAGGACAUUGAAGAUGAUGAUUUUGAGACGUUUACUGACAAGGAAGAUGUUAUAGACGAGGAUGAAGAUGAAGAGGUGGGCAGUUUCUCCUUCUAGUGCUAAGGUUUUGCUAGCACAAGUUGGUUUAUGGGUAGGACUUUUUACAGGACUUCCAGGAAUUGGAUGCUAAGUACUCGUUUGAGAAUCACCAAUUUGGUUGUGGCUGUGGCUUACAAGUGUUUGGUAAUGGUUUAAAAGCUAAUAUCACAACCCCUUUCAUGUGUUAUUUUCAGAAGCUACAAUUUGUAGCUUUUCAAAAGCCACAUCCACUGCCCCGGCUCUCCCAAAUGGACUUAUGUUAGAUGACAUCUCUUGUGUUUUCCACGGGUAUUCUUCCCUGAAGUUGACUUCACGUAUGCGCAUGUGUUUCGAAUCAGCCAUCCGCAUCGUUGACUGCAAACUUGUUUUGACAGGUUUAAGAAAUGGUGAACGGUUUUGUCCAACCCCGCCACCAUCGUUUUUCUCAGUCCUGUGCUCUCAUUGAUCCUUGCACGCAGGAGAUGGGCUGUUGCCAUACGGCCGAUUUUGUAAUUCUGUAGCAUUUGAACUCGUUAUGCCUUCCAUAUAAUGUCAAAUGCAUGGAUGGUUAACAUGUACAGAUCUCUUCCUUGGAUUUAUAGGAACCUACAUCGACUGCCCACCAAGUUAUUUGUUUGA